AUGGAGUCUCCAAUCCCUAGAGAAGUCAAAAUUCAAGCUGCCCUGAAAGAACUUUCAGAGGGCAAGAUGACAUAUGCAGAAGCGUCCAAGGCGUAUGGAGUCGGCGUGGGCACAUUACACGGGCGAAUGCACGGUGCGAAGCCUCAACGUCAAGCCCAUAAGGCUGUUCAGAAGCUGUCACCAGCGUUAGAAGAAUCAAUCGUCCAUUGGAUUCUCUUCGAAAAGCUGGCCAAUCGUCCCCCAGCCAAGGUAAUGGUGCACCGGUACGCACAACACGUGUGCGACCUGUCAGGCAUCCAGACCACGCUUGGCAGACAUUGGGUUGACCGCUUCUACUUUCGACACCCCGAAGUGAACAUCAAAGUAACACUGGAGCCUGCUUUUGACGUCUUCGUCUUGCAUACCACCCAGGCUGUGAAGAAGGCCGAGCCCUGGGGGCCGUUGCACCGAGCAUGUGGUGCCAUGCCGAUAUACCUCACCAAGGCUCCCUGUGCGACGGACAACUGCAGUCCUUUUGGGGGCGUUCAAGUGGCUUUAAACGCAUGCCAGCCUUCUCAUGGCAUUCGCAUCUGCCAUGACACAAAUGCUCUCAUCCAUACCAAGGCACACUUGAUCACAUUCAUCUCCACGAACGAAGUCUAG